AUGAUGAAGUCCAAGGAAGAUGUUAUUCAAGACUCAUUCAUAUUUAGUCUAACAAGUGUAUACUAUAUUGACGCAGGAACCGAGUAUGACUUUCACGACAGGACAGAAGAUUUUGAAGAUAUAUCCGAUGAAUUUGAUGAUAUAUCCAAUGAAACUGACACAAAAACUGGAAACUCCCAAGAAGAAUUUGAGGAUAUGACUGAUGCUUUUGAUGACAUAUCUGAUGAUGUCGAAAAACAAUCGGAUGGUGAUGACAACAAAUCGGAUGAUUUUCUCUUCGAAGAGAUAUCAAACAACUAUUUGGAAAAUAUGUCUGAUAGUUCUGACAGUUGGUCUGAUAACUACAAGAAUCUCUACGAGUUUGAUAAUUUUUGCGACGACUGGAAUAAAAUUCAAGAUUUCCAUUCAUCGAGCUCUAGUCAAGCCAUACAAUCUGAUGAUGAUGAAGUAUUUGAUUUGGCCACUGUAGAUAGUGUUAAAGUGCAAGACAGAAAUACUGAAUUUCAUGAAGCAGUAUACAACAUUGGGGAGCUGGAUGUUACAGAAAAUGUCGAAGACCAAGAAAGAAAUACUGAAUUGCAUGAAGCAGUAUACAACAUUGGGGAGCUGGAUGGCAAAGAAAAUGUUAAAGACCAAGAAAGUAAUACUGAAUUUCAUGAAGCUGUUUAUAACCUAGGAGAGCUGGAUGCAAUAGAAGAUGUUGAAGAGCGAGAAAAAAAUACUGAAUAUAAUGAAGCAGGAUACAACAUUGAAGAACCGGAUGCAAUUUGUAAUGUUGAAGGGCAAAAUAGAAAUUCUGAACUUAGUGAAGCAACAUAUAACCUUGGAGGUUUAGAUGACACAGAUAAUGUUGAAGAACAAGAUAGGAAUGCUGAAUUUAGUGAUGUGGUAUAUGACCCACAUGUGCAAGAGUCGGAUGUUGAUGCAGAUGAUGAAGAUUCAGAAGAUAGCAUUGAUGAAUUUACGCUCUGUAGAGAAGAGCUUGUAAAUGAAAUUACAAUUAACACGGUGUUAAGGUAG